AUGCUGCACGACUGGCCUCUGCGGGAAGCAGAAGUAAAAGAGCAUGUCGCCGAACAGCUUUCGAGCUGGCGUCUCAACACCCGCGAUUACAAGAUCAUCAUUACCAACGUGAUGGUGCCCGAGCAAAACGGAAACGAGGUCUUCGGUGUAGGCGAACACGAGGAGCCUUCGCAUGACAGUGGCGUGUCUCUGGACGACCUCGACGCGGAUUCGUACCUCGGUUUCAUCUUUCCGAACCAGGGCAUUCAACAGAAUGGCCCGCUGCCGGAGUUCCCGACGUUCUUUGUCAAAAGCGAACCGACCGCCGAAACGUUCAGUGAUACAUCGCCGGGGUUUUUCAAUGAAGAUUCCAUCGGACACCAAAACUAUUGCCAGCCGCUCGAUCAACAGCAACACAUGGACAGCGAAGGGUUUGUGGUCCUCGGUGUAGGGCUGGACACGUUGUCCGGCUUUAGAGGGGAUCUGGAUCAAAGUUUAUCGCAGGAAGUCAAACAAGAGGUGCCCAAUGUCGUGGAUGACCAGACAGCAAUCUAUAUCCAGCAGACGAAGUUCCUCCGAGAAGAGCGAGUGCCCCCGGUCACACGUGUUCCGCGGAAGUACGUGCGGCAUCCGAAACCCAACGAUGCGGACAAGAUUUUCUAUUGCUCAUACGAAGGUUGCAUGAAAGUCUAUUCGAAGAGUUCACAUCUCAAAGCACACCUUAGACGACACACGGGGGAAAAACCCUUCGCUUGUCAAUGGCCCGGCUGCUGCUGGCGGUUCAGCCGAUCCGACGAAUUGGCGAGACACAGGAGGUCUCAUUCUGGAAUCAAGCCGUAUGAAUGCUCAAUUUGUGAGAAGCGAUUCUCGCGCUCAGAUCACCUCACAAAACAUUUGAAAGUCCACAAGAAGAACCAGAACGGCUACAUCCCACGACGAAGCUAUAGCCGUCAGAAGCUUCUACCUUCGCUGAGUCUCGGGAGCCAGGAAUCGGUCGAGAACCACAUGCUGAUUUAUCCCCAUGCAUAGCGGCAGAGCAUUUUGUGGAGACGUCCUGAGUGCAUCGAUAACUGCAUUUGCAUCAUCAUCGGGAAUAACCCUUUGGUUUCGCGCUUUCAUCCUAGAUACUCACGCGCAUAGUGAUCAUUGCCUUCAUCUUUCCCCAUCGCUCCGUCUAUUCACUCCUUCAUCACUGGUGCCUCCCGGGCCCGAGCUGCUUCUCAGGUCUUUUGCGUUCACAAUAUCAUCCCCGAUCAUGUCGGGAUGAGACAAUGGCUGAUACAGGGGAAUUGCCAUGGAUACGCCCCAGGAAUGAGGACGGAUCUGAUCCCUGAGCAUUGCAUUGAUUGGAACUCCUCGGACCCUAGGAUCCCAAUGAUUCCGCGAACGCCUGACAUUAUCGCUUCCAAUGGAAAUAUACUCACCCUUGCAUCAUAACCCCAAUCUUACUGAGCGCCGGCUCGGAAGAUCCGAAACAGAGUGACCCUCUUCUUCAGCCGACGACAUUGGCUGCGGAUUUCAUCCUUGCAGGAAGCAGCUCCGUCACGCUACGAAUGUAGGCAGCCAAGUUGGGAUGUACGACGAAGAAUACGUCACGGGAUUCAUAUUCAAAAUCACCCUGGCCUUGUAAAUAAUCGGUAGAGGUCAGAACUCUAACCUUCUUAGUACUUCCUACUGAAUCGUAUUCUGUUCUUGGAGCCUCGGUGCGAUGACAGGAAAGCAUCAACUUCGCACAUUCAGCUCCCUGAAAUCUCGGGAAUAAAAAGCUAC